UUCAUUUUGAAGAACUACAGGAAAUGUGUUGAUGCUUGACUGAAAGCACUUUGCUCCUCCAGGACUGAUUUCAGCACAGUUGCCUGUGACAGCUCCUGUUGAGUAAACGGAGAGGAGAACUUUUAUCAGCUGUUGUACCUGUACCUGCCACAAUGAGAAGUUGCAUAAGAUCUUUUUGGAUCUCCAUCUAAUUGAUCCAUGUUUUCUCCCCUGUAAGCUUCACAAGCAGCCAAAAUGAAGUUGAAGCAUAACAUCAACCCUGUUCUUCUACACUUCAUAAACUUUAUAAUCUUUGUGUACUCUUUUAUAACCUACAUUCCAUGGUACAUAUUGUCGGGAUCAAGGGAGGCUAUAGCAAAAUCCAAGCAGGUUAAAGCUAAACCUGUGAAUAACAAGCCUGGGGGUGCAUACAGAUCUGUUAACAGUCAACACUGCUUAGCUUCAGUUUUAUAUCCUGGAUGUGAUACACUCGACAAAGUUUUUAAACAUGCUAAAACUAAAUUUAAGGACAAAAAACUCUUGGGAACACGUGAAAUCUUAAAAGAGGAAGAUGAAAUCCAGCCAUCAGGAAAAGUUUUUAAAAAGGUCAUCCUUGGCAAAUACACCUGGCUUUCAUAUGAUGAUGUAUACAUUAAAGCUGUUAAUUUUGGAAACGGCUUAGCAGUAUUGGGUCAGCAGCCAAAGACUAACAUUGCUAUCUUCUGCGAGACUAGAGCUGAGUGGAUGAUUGCAGCACAGGCUUGCUUUAUGUGCAACUACCAGCUGGUUACACUGUAUGCUACUCUGGGAGGCCCAGCGAUAGUACAUGGGUUAAAUGAAACGGAGGUGACUACCAUCAUUACUAGUAAAGAAUUGAUGCAUACAAAACUGAAGGAAAUAGUUUCUCAAGUUCCACGACUGCGACACAUUAUUACAGUGGAUGGCAAACCAACAACAUGGUCAGAGUUUCCCAAGGGCGUCAUUGUUCACACUAUGGCUUCUGUGCAAGCUAUGGGGGCCAAGACAGACACUGGAAACAAACAGCAGGCGAGGCCUGUACCCUCAGAUAUUGCAGUAAUCAUGUACACAAGUGGAUCCACAGGCAUUCCCAAAGGAGUUAUGAUCUCCCAUUGCAACAUAAUUGCCGGUAUAACUGGGAUGGCGGAAAGGAUCCCUAAUUUGGGGGAAAAAGACAUCUAUGUUGGCUAUUUACCCCUUGCCCAUGUUCUAGAGCUGAGUGCUGAACUUGUCUGUCUGUCUCAUGGAUGCCGCAUUGGCUACUCAUCACCUCAGACAUUAGCUGACCAGUCCUCUAAAAUAAAGAAAGGAAGCAAAGGUGAUGUUACUACGCUUAGACCAACCCUAAUGGCCGCUGUCCCGGAAAUUAUGGAUCGGAUCUACAAAAAUGUCAUGAAUAAAGUGAAUGAAAUGACUAGUUUCCAGCGGAAUCUAUUUAUUUUGGCCUACAAUUACAAAAUGGAACAGAUUUCCAAAGGCUACACUACCCCGCUCUGUGAUAGCCUUAUUUUCCGGAAAGUACGAAUGCUGCUAGGUGGAAAAAUUCGCAUCCUGCUUUGUGGAGGAGCUCCGCUCUCUGCAGCAACUCAACGAUUUAUGAACAUUUGUUUCUGUUGCCCUGUAGGACAGGGGUAUGGACUGACUGAAUCAGCAGGAGCCGGAACAAUCACUGACGUAUGGGACUACACUACAGGGAGAGUAGGAGCACCUUUGGUCUGCUGUGAAAUCAAAUUAAUGAACUGGGAAGAAGGUGGAUAUUUCAACACUGAUAAACCGUAUCCUAGAGGUGAGAUUCUUAUUGGAGGGCAAAAUGUGACUGUGGGCUACUACAAAAAUGAAGAACGAACCAACAAAGAUUUCACUGUUGAUGAGAAUGGACAGAGGUGGCUCCAUACUGGAGAUGUUGGAGAGUUUCAUCAAGAUGGGUGUCUGAAAAUUAUUGAUCGUAAAAAAGACCUUGUAAAACUCCAGGCAGGAGAAUAUGUUUCUCUUGGCAAAGUAGAAGCAGCUUUGAAGAAUCUUCCACUGGUAGACAAUAUUUGUGCAUAUGCAAGCAGUUUCCAUUCUUAUGUCAUUGGAUUUGUUGUGCCAAAUCAAAAGGAGCUCGCAGAACUAGCUCGAAAGAAAGGAUUUAAAGGAACCUGGGAAGAGAUCUGUAACAGUCCUGAGAUGGAAAAAGAGGUACUGAAGUUACUAGCUGAGGCUGCCGUAGCAGCUAAUCUGGAGAAAUUUGAAAUACCAGUUAAAAUUCGCUUGAGCCCCGAUCCUUGGACCCCUGAGACUGGGCUAGUGACAGAUGCGUUCAAACUAAAACGCAAAGAGCUUACAGCAUACUAUCAAGCAGACAUUGAUCGAAUGUAUGGAAAAAAUAUAAAAUAAUUCAUUUUUCUGCACCACUUUGCUACAGUGAGCUUGGAUCAAAUAGGAAAUACUUGAAUCACCUGUCUCAGCGCUUGAGAUCAACACACAAAACCACCAUUCCUCGUUUGCAGCUUAAACUGUUACUUCUGAUAACACCACCGUUCUGACUGACAAGUUUAGUAAAAUGUUACGGCAGCAAACUUGUGUCUGUCUCCUUUUUUUCCAGUUUUCUCUGCUACCUUGUCAGUCUAUGGAUUUUCCCGAGUCUUUUUGGGAAACUGUGAUUCUGAAGCCUCAAGUUUUUAAAUGUUUAUAAAUCCUGUAUAAUGUUUUGUUUGUAUCUUUAAAGUUUGGAUGUAUAUAAAGAGAACUUGGCUAUAUAAAAAAUCGUUAUACUAGAGGCCUUUUUUUACCUAAUUAUUUAAAUGUAAGAAGGUAUGGAUGUUGUGAAAUUAUGUAAAUUGAAAAUGAAUAUAAAUUUGAUUGUUGCUGAACAGAGGACCAGGUGAUUUGCUGCUGUGCCAUUGGUCUGUUUAAAAUUGAGGGAGGAAACUAUUUGACAUUCCAGCUUGUGUAAUACACCUUUAAUAUGUGCCUAAUGGUUAUUUUUGUUUUUAUCUGAAAUGAAAAGAUGCUCAAGGCACAGCUUCGCAUAAAGGCGGGUACUCUUGCAGAUGUUAGUUAACGCUUAUUUAAUACAAAAGAUGCUAUUAACACAGCAAAAGUUACACCUCAGAAUAAGCUCUAAAAUACAGAAACUCCUUUUUGAAAUAUCUUAAGGACCAUUUCAUACAAUAGUUGAAUUCUUUAGAGCUAAUAAGAUCUCUUGGAGUUAAUUUUGCUUAACACUAAGUUUGGCAGUUUCUUUUUAGCAGAGGGCCGGUAACAAAUUUUCUCUUUUUUCAUCAGAUUUAGACAAUAUACCAGUUUGUUCUCUUGUUGUUUGUAAAACUGAUAAGAAUCCUGUUCUAGCUGCAACCCAAAUGCUUUGUGGGGGAUUUUUAAAGUCAUAAUGACAGUUAAGUUCUCAGCUUCCACAGUGCCUAGCUGCCGUUUGUGCCAUUAAAAAUCUCCCUUACCUUUGUGUUCUUUUUUCAGCAUUUUUUGCUUUGAAAACAUAUUUGAACAUUUUGUCAACCAGUACUAUUUAUGUUACUUGGCUUGUUUGUUACACCUGAAUUUCUUACUUUAGGAAGGAGUCUCAAUUUCUGUUUUAUCACAGAUAUGUGAAUAUUAUUUCAGGAGCUGUGGCGGCUCUUCAGGUCUUAAGUGAGAGCCUUCAAAUUUGUUUCAGGUGUGAAUUUUAUUUUCAAAAUAUAUGUAGAAAGAAUACUUUAAUCAGGGUUACAUGAGAAUGUGAAAAGGCAUACAUCAGUAAACUUUGUGAGGGAGCAAAUACUCAAAGGUCUUUGAUUUGGAGAUGUUUUGUCCCAGGCAUUAUGUUUUCCUGUAGCACUAAGAAUCAAGGUCUUAAUGCUAUGCCGUGGUAGCAUACAGCAAUUCUGCACAGCAGAAGCUUUGUUUCCCGGAAGGAGUUGCUGCUGUUAGUGUCUGUGAAGCUUUGACAUGGGAAUUUUGGGAGAUGGUUUGAUAAGGAUUACAAAUUCAUUGAAUUACAAAUUCUGAAAUAUUAUUUAAAUUGAUUAUUGUUAUCUAUUGUUAUCGAUUGAUUAUAGAAAGCAAUUCUGUUGGAGAUGCAAGUUAUUAAGUAAGUUCCCUGUACUUACUUCAGUUUUGGUAAAAUGAAAAGAUUUUUGCCGUCUUUUACAUUAAAUUAUCAUUACACCUACUGUUCAUGGAUUUCCUCUGCUGCUAUGUGUGGAAAAACUAUUAGCAUUUGGUGAAUUUUUGUUUAGUUUGUCAAAUGGAAUAUAAACAAUGAAAAGAAAUCAGAGCCACAUUUAUGAGAUUAAUGUCUUCAAAUAUUUAGAUCAUUAAUAUAAACUUCUGACAAGUAGAGAUAAAACUAAUGUUGGAAAGUGACUGAAGAAUCAGUACGUGGAAACUACCAAGUCUGGGGGGAAAUGUCACACGGUAUGCUAGGCAUAAAUAUAUAUCUGCACUCCAUCAGUUUUCAUAAAUUGUUUGCACUCAGCACAGGAAGUCCAUUACAUUUUUUUGUGAUUUUGGUGAAAAUUAAUAAAUUGCUGAAGUACUAUGUAUAUCGCUUGGUGCAUUGUACAGCAGAUUUAAACGAAAACUACUUUUUGAUUAAUUCAGAAGGAGUCUGAAAUUAGUAUUUUAUUCUGCUAAUAAUUUAGAUACGCUUUUGGAUAAAUUGCAUAAAAGAAUAGGUACUUUAAAAUGGUUUCAAAAUAUUUUUCAUUUUCCUUCUAACCCAAUUUCAAGAUUGGGUUGCAGUCUAAUUGCAUUUGAUUUUUCAGUUCAGUUUUUUUAAUGUAUUUAAAAUGAUUAGAUACAGUUCCUCCUUCAGACAUCAGAUUCAUUUGGGCAUUUAUUUCUUCUACUGUAUGUGAAAAUAAAGCAAGUUUAAUGAUUGUAGUCUAAACAUUGAAGAUAAAAAGUUGCUUACAAUACACAUAUGGGCUUAAAGUAUUUUUAUUAAGUAUCUAUUUCUCCCGAAGUAUAACAAAAUAUGUAAUUUAAUCCUGCUAGAUUCUGAGUACUCUCAUGUCCUGUUGAGGCCACUUGUCCAGUUGAGUGUCCAUGCCUCUCAGAAGAGAAAAGAUUACAGUAAUUGACCAGGGCUGCAGUGGGAACAUAACACAGUUGCUCUUCGGAUAAACGGCUUCCUUGCUCUGGCAGUCCUAGUCCGGUAGACUGCUAUGCCUUCUUGAUAUUUUGGCCACAGUGUGCUUACGUUGUGCUCUUGUGUUGUUGAGGAGAAAGACUGCUUCAGGGGAGUUUAUUGAAAUCCUAGUGGUACCUGCAUGGAUGCACUACAUGACAACCAAGAAUUUACCUGUUAUCUUUGUUGUUUGUCUUCCCAUCUCCAGUGUAACAAGAAGAACAAAAAAGCCUGAUGGUAUGUACUCCAUGUGUCCUAAAUGCUGUGGACAGCUGUAUAGGCAAUUAUGAAAAGUGCAUGGUUAGAAGUAGCAGUCUCCAUCAUGUGGCGACUUUUGUAAUGAAAAGAGUUGUAACUUUUAAACAGUCUUUCCGAGUUUUCAAAAUGAGAAUAAGGGGUAUGUACUGUACCUGAAGGGCCCUAGAGGGCAGGGGUGCUUUUUGACAAAACAUUUGUAAAUAUGACUUCCCAGGAUUCUGAAUCGUUGGGAAUUGUAGCUACUUAUUCUGUUGUGAAAAUUUACAUAGCAUUAAAAUAUAUUCCAUUAUAAAAAACAACUGACUGACCCAGACAUUCCAAGGUUGCAGUGAAUCUCCUUUUAAUUCUUAUGAUUAUUUUAAAAGCAUUCCAGGAUGUUAGACUGACUUCAAUCUAGAUGUUAUAAGGGUGUUUGUUUUUUUUCUCCAAAGAAUAGUAUUCACUGAAAUACGUUAGGAAAUUGAAAAUUACAAGCCAGAAAGACCUUGCAGGUUUACUGAUGUUGCUACUGCUGCAGUUUACAUACAAAAGACUGUACCUCAAUGGGAAGCUGUAUCUUCUCAGCCGUAAAAUAUUUUGCUGAAAUGAAAGUGAAAAACGAUGUGCAAUUGAGACUAAGAACAUGAUGCAUACCUACAUGUUACUAAUUUUAUAGAUAGGGUGCAGAAAAAUGUAUAGAAUUGAAACUAUACGUAAAAGCAUCCUAUAAAGCUUGUAAAUUUAUGCGGAAAUUGCUAUAGGACAUAAGUCUCCUUUGCAAUAACUUUUAUCCUGCUAAAAUUCACAAGUUUUUUCCUUUACGAAAAUUACAUUUAGGCUAUUGUGCAGCAUUUUUAUUAAUGUGAUGUAUUAACUCCUUUGGACUUAUUAUAAAAUUGUGUACAUCUGUAUAUUUACUGGUAAGAGGAACAAUCAUCUUCAAAUAAUAUACACCUUGGACCAGGCUGAAAAGUUAAUAGAAUGACCAGUUGUACAUUGUUGUAAUUGGUUAUUUAACAUAAACUCAUUUUCAGUGUGAUCUUGGUUGUUGUUAUGAACUGCCUGAACGUUCGUUGUAUAUCAUAAUUCAGUUAUAUUGUAUGAAUUAUUUAUUUGUAAUUGGACAUCAUGUUUCAAAAUAAAGUUAAUUUCACAAAUUA